UAUUACAUGAAGUAAGAAAAAUACUGACAGCCAACAAACAAAUAUGGCGGCUGAUUUUCAAUUACCAACAUCGCCACGUCAUUCGAGGAGUUUGUCCACAAAUGAUUUGUGGGAUGCGGAAGAAAACACGCAAAAUCUUUUCCAGAAACACUCGGUCGUAGAGAUCGUUGAAGUGGAAAAGCAAACCAGAGGGGAUAUCGAAAGAAAAAAGGAAGAUCUGCGUCUCAUGGUUGGCGAGCGGUAUCGUGACCUGAUUGACGCAGCUGACACCAUUGGAGAAAUGAAACAAUGUUCAGGAAAUGUGAACAGUUCCAUAAAGAAUAUACAAGAAAACUGUAAGGAGUUGUACCAUACUCAUCAGUCCCGUGGCAUUUCAGGCUAUGUUGCUACAUCAAUAGACAAAUCAAAAGCAACAUUUUAUUCUGUUGCCUCACAGAUGAAACUACUUGUGGAUAUUCCGGAAAAGAUUUGGAACUCAUUAGAACAUCACGAGUAUUUGAAGGCAGCGCAACUUUACCUUCUCGCUCAAAACAUCGUAAGCAGUUUGCACAUCGAAACAGGUGGUGGCACAACUUCGAAACUUUUGACGUCGUUUCCAAUCCUCCCGCAGCAAUGGUCGUCAAUCAGUCAUUUUAAAGACUCCAUUCUUCAGGGUAGCAGAGAAUUGCUCCGUGACUAUACUCAGUCUGAGCAGACUGUGUCAAAUUGUCUUUGUGCAAUCAUGUUCUUGGAAGAUAGCACACCUCGCCAAGUCUUCAACGAAUUUCUCGUUGCACGGCAAGGAUCUUUGCAAGAACUGUUUGAUCCCAGACAUCAAGCCAAUGGCAUCAAGACUCAGCUGUGCGAGGUCGUGCGUCUGAUCAUGUCAAGCCUCUAUCAGGUCUUCGUUUUGUUUUGCUCCGACGAAAAUGAAGUGGCUGCUAAAGAUGAUUCAGGAGAUGAUUCUCUCCUAUUUGUGACCAUGGAUAAGAUUACGUCACAAAGCCAAAACUCCGCCACCGAGGGCGACCGGCUGAGAAAUUUAUUUGGUCAAGAAUUCGACUUGACUUUGUUGAGGCAUUUACCUGCUUCUGUUAUAAAGUUUCGACCUCGCCUAAGAAGUGCCUCUAAUUUUAUUUCCAUGGAAUACAUCCAAAGCAACUGCAAAACCUGGUUAGAGAAAUGUAUGAACGAUGUAAGAAAAAACGUCAAUGUAUUUCUUCAGUACAUUGGAACGUUAAAAGCUCUUGCUUCAAUACGUGAUUCUAUCUGGGAGCUGCUCAAUCCGACGAUCAAGUCAAAUUCAUUUCAUAACGUCGUUUUGACGAAUUGGAGCGCGGCGACUGGGAAAUGUCUUGGUAACGUGUUUUCCUUGUGGGAGAGACUUUUCAAGGAUGAAUUUGUGGAACGGUCUAAGGCGAUCUUAAAUGGACAGCUCGAAGCGUUAAUGGGAUCGUGCAAGUCAGCGACCAAAAAAGCGUUGGACGAUCUUCAUGUAAAUCAAAAGUCGCAAUCCGAUCGCAGUGUGUUAUGGGAACGGGAUGUAUCGUUGUACGUUUGGCAUGAAAACUCGAGUGAUUUGUCUUCGAAGAAUGUGAAGCAGUUAGAUAACGAGGCUUCAACUUUCAAUGAAAGUGGAUUGACUUUUAAGACCAAAGCGUGCACUCCCGUAAUUCAAGGAUUGUGCAGAACUUUUAAUGACCGUCUAUCUUACAUGCUCGACGAUGCUAGCUGUUUUAUAAAAAUCUCCAAAGAAAAUAUCGAUUCAAGCACUUCCGCUUUUCGGACUGGUCAUAAGAACAACUCGCCCGUUCAGUCCGUUGACGAUGAUGGUCCUUUUGAUCGAUACGGUGACUCAGAGCUUUUACAGAAUUUCCUUCGGAGUAAGUGCGCAGAAGUCAUCAAAGAGCUACUAGGCUAUUUCGACUCUCUUCUGAGAGUCUAUGACGCCGAGUUGAAGUCGCAUACAUGGGAAGAUUUAAAGAUUGGCAUGGAAACACCGAAAUUGAUCCUUGCCAUUGACAGCGCACUUUUUCUUGCGAGGUUAACUCGAAGUUUUAUCGAUUAUUGUCCGAAUCUUGCCGAGCUAAUGGGCGAAAAGAAAGAUCAGAAGACACGAAAGGCACGCUACAACAGAACACCACUUCGUAAGAAGGUCAGCGAGCUAUCAAACACCAAAUUUGAUGAGGUGAAAGAGCAUUUCAGAAACACUCAUAGGACUGGAUUCGGUAUUUGGUGUCGCUGGGUUUCUUCUAUGUUUCGUGCCUCUUUCGAUGUUUAUCUUCAACAGGCCAAAGGUCCUAACACAAUGUUGACAACGGCAAACUGGGCAGAAAUAGUUAUCAAUGAGGAAACAGAAUCUGGAGAACAAGUUCAUUCCUCUAUUCACGUUCCAUCACAGGUUUCUUCCUACGUCACAGUUUUAUUGUUUAGUGUUUGUGAGGAGAUCAACCGAGUUGGGGGACACGCGAUGGAUAGAUCUGUCCUUCGUGAUUUGGUACGUGUUUUGGGUGAAGAUCUCUUGCUGUCUUACGAAACACUUCUCGAUUGCUACAGGGAGAAUAAAGAAAUCAUUGAUCAAAAUCGAGCUCUGCAAUGCAUUUUUGAUUUCAAAUUUACAUCAUCAAUCCUUGGCGAUCGUUCCAAAACUGAGAAUGACGGCUCGUAUAAGGCAAGAUUUGAAAAGAUUAUCGAACAACUGGAGGAUAUCGUGGAUCCAUUUGACUUAAACGUUUUUAGUCCGUACCUGAACAGCAAUCUCAACAAACAUUUACAACGAUGUGGAGUGCUGUUUGGCGUCCUCGUAAAUGUCGACAGACAUUCUCAUUUCUACGGUAUGCCUCAGAAGCCAGCCCAAACGUCUCAGGAUCAGCACAAUGUCAUGCCUGUUGCCAAUAGUUCAGUACGGUUCUCCUUACUUCCCCUCAGUUCUCAUCAUGCUGACAGAAAUGAAUCAAGAAAUGUUAAGGCGACGGAGUCUGAGGACGUGUCUGACGACUACAACUUUCUCGAUACCAGUCCCUUUUACAAACAUCAGAACUUUCUUAUGAGUGAAAUGUUGAUGCCGAGCUCUACAACACUUAAAUGCUGAGUGAAGACGGCCUCACGGUACUUUUUUAUCGUUUUCAUUAUUACGAACGAACUGUCGCUCAGUGGCAAAGUCCGCCCAUUUUUUACUUCUAUAAUUAGCUACAAUGCAAAUUUUUGAGUGUUCAUUCACUUGAGAAACAAGGAAUUGAUUUCCUAAAAAAAUGAACAAUAAUUUCGUCGAAAAAUUUGUAUCGUAUGAGUAAAAGUUCGUGCUGGUUUUGCCACUGCUGUUCGUCUCCGUUCAACAUUCUACUUGCUUGCGCCAAAGUCACUGGCACUGGUAACAUUGAUGACCAGUGCCAGUCUUUUCACGCCCAACAGAAACAAAGGUUUUAGUCGGAAAAUUCUAGUGAGUUGAGAGAGCAAGGUCAAGCCACAAGCUGUGCUACUGCUCUUGUUUGACUCACAAUUAUCUUAGCGCAAAAAAAAGCUACACAAACAAGCAACUCUUUUUCAUCAAAUGAAAAUGAUUGGCAGCAAAAUUUUGAACAUAAAAUGCUUCUCAAUUCCCAGCACACUUUCGGCUUCGACCGUUACAGACAUUUUCAUGCGUCGCUAUUUAAAUAGACAUUUUCUUUAUUACACAUUUAAUGGAGAAAAAAGGCAAGUAAUUGCUUCUGAUUGCUUGCUCGUAAUUUAUGCUUUGUUAUGUCUUGUUUACUACGGCAGAAGAAUUCUAGAAUAAUAAUACAAUCUUACAAAGCCGUUUUACAAUUUAUAUAGUUUACAUUAUACCAAUUGCAUUGCGGUAAAUUUCUGAAUUCGUGGCGCUGGUUGGCUGUAGGGCUGUAUAGCGGGUUGCGCGUUAGAACAAAAUAGCAGCUGUGACGUUAUUUGAAUGACUUGUGUUUUCCAAGUGCGAUGCUUUCGGCAAUUUAACAUACACCCCCUUGCGCUAUUUUUAGUUGUAGAUGCCGCUUUAUAAACAAGUACUUAACUGCGAACAAAUAAUAUAUAUUGGUUGAUACCAGCGACUUGACAAUCAUAUAUCAUAUUGUAAGAACUUUUUUUUGUGUUGCCGAGCAACGUCGACGUAUAUCUGCCUGUCUUGUUGUCAUAUUGUUCAUUGAGAUUGACUACCGCUUCAUAUGAAAAUGAUCGAACAAUAAUCUUUGUUUGGCAGCAAAUUAAAGACUUUUCUACUAUUCUGUAUGCUAUGUGUAGAUACCAAAAACCCUGAUGACAUACGUGGGUAGUAUAGCUUAAGCGUAGAAGUUUUUUUUGUUUUUUGUGGCAGUUUAAUUGUUCUCGUGUGAUAUUCGCUCCGCUCUUUCUUUCCGUCACGUAAUCCAGUUAGACUGAACCAGCGGACUGAACUCUUUGCAGACGAUUGAGAUGAGCCGUGAGAGACGAGUGAAAGGACUCGGCCCGAUAUUUAUGUGAGAAGUAUUCUUUUGGUCCUUAUGAUAUCAAUCUCCAAGUUGUUCCGACGUGCUUGACAUCGAUUCUUUUACUAUCUUGACUUUCAGUAUCUUAAGAACACUUUUUUCAAGAUUCUAAAGAUACUGAAAUCCCAUUUUCACUUUGCCAUUUUUCUGUCUUUUGGCACAAAAAUGCUGCCAUUGUUUUCUUUUUUUUCCGUAACGACCAGAAUCAUCGUUCAAAAUGAACAAGGAAUUAUAAUGUAGUGUAUAUUUGAAAUUGAAAUAAGGUGAUUUUAUGAUUUUGUUUUUUUCCAGCGGUGACGGAAUUGUGACGUGGCAAUUGCAUGGUCUGCGAUGUAUUUAUUUCUUUAUUUUUUCGCGACGUUCACGUAAUUUAAAGUCAUGGAAUGAAAUUAUUUAAUGAAGUAAUUUUAAAAGUAAGUCUAAUGCUUUGCUGUUUUAAGAUAUUCUAGUCGAGUUGAACACUAUCUUUCAUUUGACUGAAAAAAAAUGAAAUGCUGUAUAGAAAAUGUUUUGUGUUCGUUUCAUUCAAGCCGCUUCAACUUUUACAUUUUCUUGGAAGAUUAACUUUCACUUUAAAAUGUAUUUUGUUCGCAGCAGAAGUACAUUAACGAGUGUCUUUAAACAGCAUGACAAUUUAAAGAGAAAAAACGCUGUAGUUCCAUGCAGGGCGAAUAAUUCUAUGUUGCAAUUUUAAACGUAAACCAAUACUAUACGUUAGGAGAA